AUGUCUGUGGCGGCCAAGGGCGGUUUUAUGUACACGGCGAGGCGGGCAAAUCUGGGAACUGCAGCAGAAGAGGAAGAAGCAGACGGAUGGGGUUCGCAACUCGACCCUCUGCCUAGCGACCUACCCUUUCGCAUCAUUUCCAAGACGGUAGGCCGCGGCGCAUAUGCCUCCAUUAAAAAAGCCAUCCCCCUCGACACCCAAACUCCCGUCUUCGCCGUCAAGCUCAUCCACAAGGGCUACGCCGUCAAGCAUGGCCGUGUCUCGGCCAAGCAGCUCGCCAUGGAGGUCUCGCUGCACUCGCACAUUGGCCAGCACCCCAACAUCAUCGAGUGGUUCGCGUCCGGUGAGGACCCCGUCUGGCGCUGGAUCGCCAUGGAGUACGCCGAGGGCGGCGACCUUUUUGACAAGAUCGAGGCCGACGUGGGCGUCCGCCAGGACAUUGCCCAAGUCUACUUUUGCCAGCUCGUCAGCGGCGUCAGCUUCAUGCACUCCAAAGGCGUCGCCCACCGCGACCUCAAGCCCGAAAACGUCCUCCUCUCGCAGGACGGCAAUCUCAAGCUCGCCGACUUUGGCAUGGCCACCAUGUUUGAGUACAAGGGCCAGCGCAAGCUGAGCGCCACCCUCUGCGGCAGCCCGCCCUACAUUGCCCCCGAGAUUCUCGCCUGCGGCCGCGUCGAUAAAAAGUCGGGGCUUGGCGGCACCGGCGCCAAGUACUCGCCCGACCUCGUCGACGUCUGGUCCUGCGGCGUCGUGCUCUUUGUGCUGCUCGUGGGCAACACGCCCUGGGACGAGCCCUCGUCUAACAGCUGGGAGUUUACUGAAUACGUAAAGUCGGGCGGCCACAGCACGGACGCGUUGUGGGAGCGCGUGCCGCCGGAAGCGCUGUCCCUGCUCCGGGGCAUGAUGUGCGUCGACAAAGACAAGCGCUUCAGCUUCGCGCAGAUUCGCCAGCAUCCCUGGUAUACGCGGCACAACCCGCUGCUUACGGCCGACGGCCGCGUCGCCGACCCUAUCAACCUCGCCACACAGAUGCUCGAGAGCCUCCGCAUCGACUUUACCAAGCAGCCGCGCCCCUCCCAGGGCCCGUCAUCCAUGCCCGAGGACAUUGACAUGGACACGGGUAUGAACGCCGGCCGUUUUGCCGCUACACAGCCCGACGUGCCCAUUGUCGACACCGAUUGGGACUUUGAGCGCCCGGCUCUGCGGUCCAUGGCCGCGCCCUCGGCAUCGCUCCCGCCCCGCGCGGGCGUCGCCGACGACCGCCACCGCAUGAUGCUCGAGUCGCUCGCCGACGAGCCCUCCAUGUCCCAAUUCUCGCAGGCGCCUGGCCCGUCCAUGACGCUGACGCAGCAGGCUCGCCGCUUCCGCGACAUUUGCCCCGCCGAGUCCCUCACGAGGUUCUUCUCCCACGUGCCGCCCGCCCACCUCGUCCAGAUGCUCAGCGACGCCCUGCACCAGCUCAACGUGCCCCUCGCGCCCGUCGUCCCCAAUCUCCACGGCUACGCCGUUGCCGCCAUCAAGGUCCGCGCCGUCGACGGCCGCAACCAGAGCCUGCACGGCGACAUUCAGGUCCACCGGCAGGCCCUCCCCGACGGCAGCGAGGUUCUCGAUGUCCGCUUCUCAAAGGUCAAGGGCGAUCCGCUCGAAUGGCGCCGCUUCUUCAAAAAGAUUGUCGUGCUCUGCAAGGACGGCGUGUACGUGCCGGAUGCUUAG